UGGGCCGGGGUGGGCGAGAAAUGUAAAGGCAUGCCACAAUAUCCACCCAUUUGCCUAAAGCAGUUACAUCCUCGGCUUGGCAGCUGCCAUCCACCCACAAAGGUUGAAGUCACAGGGAAGAGAAUUCAAUAAAUUAAUUGAUAGGAAAAGAUGGUUAGAUCACGAUCAAGAUCACCAAGAUGGAAACGAAGGUCUUUAUCGCCUGCCUUCAGGAGUCAGGAACACAACAGACAAAGGCACAAUCAUAGCAAUUAUGACUGUGAAUACAAAGGUUUCCGGAAAGAUGCAAAGAAGCCUAUGCCGUGGAGAGUGGAAGAUGGGAAAUAUGGACAAGCCAGUACUAGAUAUGCACCACAUGACACUAACCACCACCGACUUUAUGAAUGUAGGUCAUAUUCACCAACUCUGAAAAGAAUCCCUUCGGAAGAUAUGUACAGUCACAAACCUUGUAGGACACAUUCACCAGAAAGGAAUGCUGAUAUCGGAAGAUGCCACUUUCCUUCCAGAUAUCCAGAAAUGUCUCGCAAAGAACACAACCAUUCUUUUUAUCCGUCCAAAACACGUGACAGAGAGAUGCAUGAAGACCCCCGAGCUGCUGCUGGAAAUACAAAAGGGAUGAAGACUUUCCAUGAGCCAUUAGGAACUAACUUUGAAAGGAAGUGGAAUGAAAAUGACUUGAGGCACCACCAGUUACAAGAAGACAAGUAUACUCAAUCACCUCGAAGAUGUUCUAGUGAAUUUAUGCCAAGGAGCUCUUUGCAGAAGAGGUAUCCUGAAGAUCGUGAUAACAGAGAAUAUGGGCACACGUCUAAAAGGGCUAAAGAAUUGGAGAGGUAUGAUGAUAGAGAAGUAGCAAGUAAUUCCAAGUGGAAGCAAGAUCAUUCUUCACUCAACCAAGAAAAGGGAGAGCAAAGAAACCCUGGUCUUCAAACCCAUCGGCCUGUUGUAAAGGAGUACAGUGAUAGCUGUCAAACAAAGAUUACAUAUGACUAUAGUCAGAAACGUCAUAGACAUCCAGAUGGAGGGAAAUAUAUAUCUGAUGAAAGAGCAGAGAAAUAUACGAAGCUGGAAGAGAAGAAAUAUAAUUCUCCUAAAGAAGCUUGGAAUAGCAAAUAUUCAAAUUACUAUAACAGUGAAAGAGUCCGGCACACAGAAGACCCUCAUACAGAAGCAUCAGUUAAAUAUAUUUCGGGAAAAGGCUGCAAUUCAUGUGUUAAAUCUCACAAAAGUGAUGCUGAUCUUUUACCCUUUGAUCAAAAAGAGAAGGAAAGACUCAGGAAAGAAAUGGAUUUUAGGGGAAGGAGAGACCAGCAUGACACUCACCACAAAAUCUCAGAUGUAAAAGUGUCUGAUGUCCACCACACAAGAAAGGAAAAACUCACAGUCAAAGUGGAUAUGAAGAAAACCAUAAAUAAAUACAGGAGCGCGUCUAGUCAUAUCAUGGAGAGGCAGACAUCAUGUGAUCUAGUAGCUGUGGGUAGAAAAACUGAAAAAUUCCAUCCAGUGUUUGAGCAUAUAAAAUCUGUGACGCAGAAGGUAGAACAAAACCCAUCAAAAGAAUUUGCUCAGGAAAUCAUCACAAUUAUCCAUCAAGUUAAAGCAGAUUACUUUAAAUCUCCUGAUCUAACGUUACAUGAGCGUUUCUCAAAAAUAGAAGAUAAGCCAUUGGCAAAUGAAGUUAAAAGACAUUCAAAUCCAGAAAUUCACAGGAGAAUCGAUAUGUCUUUGGCCGAACUUCAGAAAAAAAGAGCUGUUCCAUGCAAAUCUGAGCAGAGCGUGAUGAGAGUUCUAGAAGAUCCAAAUGAUCUAAGAUAUGACAUUGAGAGAAGAAGAAAAGAAAGAUUGCGGAAUGAAGAUGAGAACAAUUUUUAUAUUGAUGGUGCAUCGCAUAGGGAUGAACAGAGUAGUAGCUUUCCAAAAUUACGAAACACUCAAAUGUAUGGAUUCCAAAAACCUGGGAGAUUCCUAAGACCGCCUUUCAGGAAGUUUAUUCGGAAGCCUCACAUGAAUCAUUAUUAUACUUCAAAAUCACAUGGUGAUAUUGCACAUGAUCGGUUUGAAGACAAUACUGAACAUCAUGAAACAUUUCGAAGACCCUUCAAGCCCCACUUUAGUGAUGGUCGGCCCCACUUUAAAUCAAACUUAGUACAGAAGGGUUUAUACAUACAGGCUAAAUACCAACGAUUACGUUAUGCUGGGACAAGGGGAUUUACCACUAACAAAUUUAGAGGAGGAUUUUUGAGGAAAGAUAAGGGCCUGGAAAUCUGAGCUGCAGUACUGAAGGCGAUAUCUCUGAUUGUGAUAAUCGUUGCAAGGGAGCAUCCGAUUGCAUUUGUCAAGAACUGAAAUGGGAAAAGCAAAACUAAUACUUUAAUUUUUCUUGAUAAAGAUAAUUUUAUUUUUCAUUAGUGGGAUGUUGCAGAACUUUUUUACAGUUUUAAUAAUGGCUUUUCGAAUACAGUUUUCAACUGAACAUUGUAGGGUUGCUCCUUUUACUUCCUCUUGCCGGCAAGUCAGAGAAAAAAAAACCCUGAAGGGAGUCUUUAUUUAUUGAAUAUUUCCCCCUCACUCUAAGCAUGGUUUUAUUACUAGACAUUGAGUUGUUAUACACAGAAGUUUAUAUGUUUAAAGUUUAUUUGCUUAUAUAAUAAAAAUCAAAAAGUGCCCAUUGC